CCAAUAGCAAAUUAAAUAAUUAUCUGCUCGCUUCUCCUCCUCCUCCGUCAUCUCCUUACCUCAUUGACGAACAUAAUCAAUCUCCUCGAUCAUUUUGCAGAUUUUCUCAGUGGAAAAAACUUGUGACAUGGAGGCCACUGAUGGUAUUUGGGGUGAAAUCGAACGUUCUGAGAGCUACCUAGUCUGCUCUAUGUAUGAAGAGGCAGUCUCAUUAUCUUCCUCCAUACUAAAAGGAAUCUUUGGCAACGUUGAAACUCUUGGUGAUCAUCAGUUGCUUGACAUGCUUGAAUCUGCUGGCAUGGUUCUAGUCCAAUCCUUGCAUGGACUCGGCAGGGCAGGUGAGAUUGUAAAUGAGCUAAGACAAGUGUUUGGCGAAAUUGCAGCUAUUCCUGUUCAAGUUCUUCUCACUGGAAUAUGUCUUCAAAUAUCAAACGGUUCCUACUCCGGUGUACGUGAGGUUCUGGAAGAGUUCUUUAGCUUAUGGGUUUACAAGGACAACCACUAUGUCCUAAGUGAUGCUGGAUUAAGUGAAAAAGUGUUCCAUGGGAAAAUACUCUUGGAUGUUGAUGAGUACAUGGAAGUUGUGGAGCUGUAUACCUUUGGAGUUCUUGGAAAAGACACAAACGACGUGGGUCUAGCGGUUUCAUGGGUUGAGCAAGCUCCAUUGCCUGAGGAAAGACGACAGGGACUUUUAAGAAGAUUGGAUUCUUUACUUUCUCUCAAAUCACCAAAAGUUCAAGAGGCUACUUCUUUAGAGGAAAACUCUUCUUACGAUGUGGUGAAUAGCAGCAACAAGUCUUUGGCUAAUGAAAAGAAUGAUUAUAUCCUGAAACUCUCUAAACAACAUGAACCUUGGUCGUCUCGUCCUCUUAGCCUAAAGUUUGGUAAUACCCGAUUCAGCAUGUCCAGGGGGAAAGUUGCUAUAAGCCUUGUUGGAUUAAUCAUAUGCUAUGCUUUACAAAGAAAACGAGCUGCUUUAAUACGGAUCAUUCGCAGACAAAUGGAGUCCACGAAGAAAGCAAUUGUAGAUUUCUGGAAGCUUGCGUUUUCGUACCAAGUGAAUCCUCUUGCAGCUAUUCAACCAAUACCAAGCACCACAACUUGAGGUAGUUCCCACAGUCAUAGAAGAUGGAUCAAAGACCUGAUCUUGAAUUGAAAUAAAUCUGCAUCCUUUUGAUUCUUUAUCACAACCCUAUAUUUAGUUACUGUGUUAUGUUAAAAAUGUCAUUCUGUGUUACUCUUAUUUGGAUAAAAGCUGAAGAUAAUAAUUUUACCAAAGCGGUAGUCCCAAAUAUUUUUCAUU